UUGUUUUUAUAGGUUAUUCAUUUAUCAAAAAGUCAAUUUUGCUUAGUGAUAAUUAGUUGACCAAGAUUAGUUUUAAGUUGUCGAUAAUUUUAACAUAGAUAUAAUAGUUAGAAAGUAGUAAACUUUCGCAUAAAACUAUGAGUUAUGUUAGUGAUUUAAGUCAAUCUCAAGAAUAUUUAAGUUUCCGGAGUAAUGUACCCUUAAAACGAAUUAUAGUGGAUGCUGAUAAUUCGAAGGGAUGGCGAAUAUACGACUGCGGCCCCAAAUCGGUUCGUUGUCCACUAAUAUGUCUGCCUCCGGUUUCUGGAACAGCUGAUAUUUUCUUCAAACAAGCAUUGGCUCUCUCAGCUAAAGGAAUUAGAGUUAUAUCAGCGGAAUCUCCUGUUUAUUGGAAUGUGAUAGAAUGGUGUGAGGGGUUUAAAAAGUUAUUAGAUUAUUUGGAUGUUGAUAGAGUACAUAUAUUUGGUUGUUCUUUAGGUGGAUAUUUAGCUCAAAAAUUUGCCGAAUACACAGCACAUCGUCCUCGAGUGGCUUCCUUGAUUUUAUGCAAUACCUUUACGGAUACUUCCAUAUUUAACAAUCAUGAUUCGGCGGCAAUAUUUUGGAUUUUGCCGGCUUUAGUACUAAAGAAAAUGAUAAUGGGUAAUUUUGGAUCAUCGAAAGUCGAUCCAGAGAUGGUAGAAGCUAUAGAUUUUAUGGUAGAAAGACUGGAAACUUUACCGCAGACUGAACUAGCAAGUAGAUUAACCCUAAAUUGUCUUCGUGGGUAUGUGGAGAUUCACAAAUUAGUAGAUUUACCAAUUACCAUUAUUGACGUAUACGACGAAUCCGCCUUAUCGAACUCAGUGCGAGAAGAGUUGUACAAAUGUUACCCAAGUGCCAAAUUAGCUCACCUCAAGUCUGGGGGAAAUUUUCCAUACCUUAGUCGAUGUGCAGAAGUAAAUAUUCAUUUACAGAUUCACCUUCGACAGUUUGAUAACGCUACCUACAGUGCUUCUGAUAAACCACUUAUCCAUAAAAACUCAUUUUAAUGGUUAAGUUCCUAUAAUUUUAAUGUUAUCCGAGUGAUUUAGAACACGAAAAAAUAUUUCAGUAUUGGUAACAUUUUAAAUAAUAUUUUUGUAAACUAUUGGUAGAAAAAUAAUAAUAAUAUUGUCACUAGUAAUAUUUUUAUUAACAAUUAUGUCUUUGAAAAUAAUUAAGAUAGCAAAGACCUAAAGAUAACUACAAAUAAUACACAUAGGUUGAUCGCAGCAUCCGUUGCAAGGAACUUUAUUGACACAUGUUUAAUAGAUUUACAUUUGCAGCAUCGGCUAGUUGAGGAAUAUUGUACCGCGAAUAAAACUUGGCGUGCAAUUUACCCCUCUUGGAAAAGUUUCAAUGUCAAGAGCGCAGUGUACUCGGCGCAGUGAAAAACAUUAAAAAAUAAACCAACGGUGGCAAAUUUUUACAGACACCUUAAAUAAAUGGAUUUGCGGUGGAGAUCAGAACUCAUCACUGGAUCAUGUGAAAUAAAAAAUUCAAAAAGGUUUUAUUAGCUUAUGAGUUUCUCGAGGUAACGCUGUGGAGAUUUUUGUAUUUUUAACGAUUUCUGAGUUCUUGGUAUCACUCGAAAGUCAAAAAAGUGAAAUUAUUUGUAACAAAAGGGUGAAAAUCAACAUAUUUAUUAUUUUUAAACAAAAAAUAAGCAUAAAACCAAAUAUAUAUCGACAGCGUUACCUCAUAAACUCUCCAAGGAAAAUCUAUGCAAAAUUUCAGGAGGAUCGGACGAGUAGUUUUUAAGUUACAAUGUCCACCACCGCCUUUGAAAGAGCAGUUUUGAGAAAAACGCAUUUAAAGGUUUGACAACUUUUAUUUUCAAUUUUUUUUCUGUCAAAUCGUAAAAUGACGCACACCGUAAUAUAUUUUUUGAAUCGCGGAGUAAUCUGCAAAAGAGAAGGGGACCAGCUGUUGAACAUUUCUCACUACGCUCAAGCGUGCUGGCGCAAAACCGCCAGGUAGGGAUAUUCAACAUGUUAUAUCUCUGGUAAUUUUACUCGAUCAAUCAGAAAUAUCCAGAGAGUAUUCUUGCAGUUAUGCACUUUCAUUUACAAUAAUAAAAAAAAUCGAAAAAUUUCAAGAUGUCAUGGAACUCUUUUAAACCGGGAGAUAUUAACAGAACUUCAACCACGAUUUUUAAGUCCUGCCCUUUGCAAUACUGGAAGGUUAGAAAAGGUACUUACAAUUUAUGGAAAAAUCCACGGGUCCCCUGUGACAUUUUCCUGUGAAAUUUAGAUUUUUCAUGAGAAAAAAAAAAUGGGGAGUUGCGAUGAAUUUCUGAGUCCUGCCAUAUCCAUAGAAUGACAGGAUACUAUCAAUUUUAUGAAGACAAUUUUUUGGGCAGGAGGGUUGCAAAAGGACUAAGGGAGUAUGUAUAUGGAUAUACGAACAUGUAAUGAAAAUAAUGAAAUUUUCAUAAUUUUCUGAGUCCUGCCAACUUAAUAAAUUAAACAUAAUUAUUUGAAAAUGAUCGAAAAAAAUGUUGGCAUGACGUCUCCUAAUGUUUAACUGCACUUGUCUCUUGGAAAAUUCUGUGGAAAAUUUUCACCCUGGUUCCGGGGUUUCUAAUUAGUUUUUUUAAUAGCUCCAGAACACUUAACGAAAAAUUAUUUAGAAAAACAAAAACUGGUACACCUAUUUAUCUUCCAGAGAUAAAUCGAUUCCAUCAUUUGUCAAUUUUUAGUACCGGUUAUAGGCGUCCGUCUUGGGUAGAUCAACGAAAUCUCAUAGCUUGCUUUAAUUUUUAAGCAUUUUUGAGAGUAGAGUAUUAAAUUAUGAGGUAUUCUAUCUAGUACUAAAAGUUACUCUGGCUUUAAAUCGGUAAAUACACCGUUUCUUUUUUUCAAAUUUUUCUUAAAUUCAAAAUAUAAAAAAUUUUGAAAUUGAUUUUUCUAGAAAACAGUGCAUUCUACCGACUUACAGCAAGAGUACCGUUUAGUACUAGAAUACCUCACAAUUUAAUAAUAUAGUGUCAAAAAUGCUUAAAACUUAAAGACAAAAAAGUUAUGCGAUAAAAUAACCGUUGCCCUACCCAAAACGGACUCAUAUGACCGAUACUAGAGAUUCGCAAUUGAUGGAAUCGAUUUAUAUCUGGAAGAUAAAAAGACGGACCAGUUUUUGUCUAUCGAAAUGGAAGCAUUCUGGAGAUAAAAAAAUUUAAUUACAAGGCCCCAUCUUCAAAGAGCUCUAGCUCCUUUAGGAAAAUUUUUGGAUUAUGUGAAUUGUGUUAAAUUGUCUUAAAAUUAUCUUAGGAAUCUUAAAAUUAUAUACAGGGUGUUCCAUUUAAAAAAAAAACAUAAGUUUGUGUCCCCUGUCAAUACGGGUAGCCCUGUAUAUUAGAAAAUAUUUUUAAAUUAUGAUCCUCUCUUUGCCCCACGUUUUACCUAAAUAACUUUUUUUCGUAUCUCUUACGACAAACGAGUAAUUGGACUUUGUCACACUAAUGCCCCACCCUGUAUACGAAAUAACUAUAAAACCAACCUGCCUCUUUGUAAAUAGACUUAUAUUAAGAUUCUUGAAACAUAUGCAAAAUGGCAUGACUCAGAACAUCGUGGAAUUUUUCACGAAUUUUCUUACAAAUCUAGGACUCCUGCCGUCUUACAAGAACCGUUUAACCUUCCUGCCGAGUACCGAAAAAGUAUUGAUUGUAUUUGAGUAUUACAACUUUUUAAAGGCAGGACUCCUUAGAAAAUCUCGGAAUCAGGGUAAAAAUUUUGCGCAUAAUUUUCCAAGGGACAAGUAUACUUAAACAGUAGGAGACGUCAUGCCAACAUUUUUUUAUCAUUUUAAAAUAAAUAUGUUUAAUUUAUUUAGUUGGCAGGACCCAGAAAAUCAUGAAAAUUUCAUUAUUUUCCUUACAUGUUUGUAUACAUACCCCGUUAGCCCGUUUGCAACCCUCCUGCCCAAAAAAAUUUCUUCAUAAAAUCCAUAGUAUCUUGUCAUUCUACGGAUAUGGCAGGACUCAGAAAUUCAUCGCAAAACCCUAUUUUUAUUUUUUGGGAAAAUCUAAUUUUUACAGGAAAAUGUCACAGGAAAUUUGUGGAUAUUUUUGUAAGUACCUCGUCUACCCUUCCACUAUUGCAAAGGGCAGGACUUAGAACAUCGUGGCUGAACUUCUGUAUAAUAUCUCCCGGUCUAUUUGUAAUAGCUACCUACCUGCCAAUAUUUACAUAAAUUGUUUUCCUACAUUUUUAAUGUUAAAUAGAGAUGAUUUAUACCAUUAAGCAUUUAUGUAACUCUAUAUAACGAAAAAUUAGCCCUUAUACAAGAGUAUUUGAUAUUUAUUUUUAUACCAAUAUUGAGAUAUUUCCAUUUAAAGAGAUUAAAAUCCGAAUUAUGUAUAUUAUUCUACUUAAGAAAAUUACAGGAUAGAAUGAAUAUUUUAAAGAAUAGCUUUAUUUUGUAAUAAUCGUGUUGUGUGGUGAAAAAUAAUAAAUCGUCACAUACAAUGAAAACAUCUAUAAAAUUCUUGAAUAAUUCAUUAACAAAUCAGAUGUGCUUUGCUGAAGCAACACUGCCUGGCAGUUAUUUUUAUCUUAAAAAUCCUGCCCAACGUUACAAAAAAAUUAGUGGAGAUUUUAUUAAAAAUAGUCAGACACAUGGUUGUCAUCGUAUAUACAAAUCACUGUGGUCGAUGAAAAGAUGAAAGAUUGGCUCACAAAUUUUGUUUUUUGUCGAUAGGAUACUCUGAUUAAAAUAUAUCGAUUUUUUACCAUCAAGUUGAUAUAAAUUUUAUUUAAAAAAUUGAUUUCGCUCACAUAACUAAUAUUCAAAAUCGCCGGUCGCUUCAAACGUUUGUCUCUGAUACAACGGUUCAUUCUACACAAAAAGUGCUAAAUAAACAUUUUUUUUCUAUGGCGAACAGAUUGAGAUCUGAAAACCUUAAAAACUACUAACUGGAACAACAAAGAAAAAACAGAUCUAAAUGGAGGAGAGCCCUGACCAAGAUCCACAAAACAUUGUCGAGCGAAUGAGUGUGAUGAUAAUAAAAGUUCUCCAAUGAACAAUCAACUAUCAGCUUGUGGUAUAAAUGCGACAUGUCUCUUGGAUGACAAUAACACAGUACAAUCAUAAUAUACACAGUGAUGAGCGCGCUAAUAACCGGCAAAAUAAUGCAUAAGAUAGAAAACAUAUUAUUAAGUUGUGAGAUAAAAAGAAAUGAAAUUAGUAGAGGUGGAAAAUUUAGCGAUAAAAACGUAUAAAUUUACAUUAUAUUUUAGGCCUAUAUAAUCAAAACCUGCUAUAUCCAUUUUUUGAAAUUUUUCAGGAGACUAAAAAAACAUAGAAAGUGUAAAUUUCCCAAAAAGUAUCCGGCAUUUCUUUAUCAAAGUGACAUCAAUAAAUGUCAUAAAAUGCACACUAAUUUGGUAUAGUCAUUUUUCUACAUGCCUCUUACAUCUUCAGAAAUUUGUACUUUUAGUUUGGAUUUAGCAGAUUUUUAUUCUAAGCUCACUUAAUAUUGCUCAUUUUCAACUGCUUUUAGGCGCAAUUAAUGCACUAAAAGUAGGUAUUGAACCAUUUUGAUAGGAAAACAUACAAAAUAUACAAGAAAAAGAAGUAUUUUACUGUUUAUAAACUAUGGACAUAGCAGGGUGUGAUUCUAUGUUAACAUUUCAGUGGUAUAUUGAAGAGGAUUUAGCAGGUUUUGAGUCGAAUCCUUAUGCCUAUAGACUAAUAGUUACUUGAAUUUUGGAACUGUGUAAAAAAGGUAAAACGAAAAAUUUAGGAUUUAGCAGGUUUUGAUUCUGAUGGGCUCAUUUAUUGUUUCCCACCUUUAGACGUAUCAGAGGAGUAUGUCAACUAAAACUGUCACUGUCACAGUGGCAGUUGCCAAACUCGUCCGAUACGUCUAAAGGUGGGAAACAAUAAAUAGAAUGUAAAUUUAUAGGUUUUUAUCGCUAAAUUUCCCAACUCUACUAGUUUCAUUUCUUUUUAUUUGACAACGUAUUAUGCGUUCCAUCUUUUGCGUUAAUUUGCCGGUUAUUAGCGCGCUCAUCACUGUAUAACCUCCGUGGUUUUAAUGGAAACAAAACAAUUUGUAGUCAUACGUCAACUCGGUAUUAACCACCUUCAAAUGUGUCUUAAAUAGAACACGAGUGCCUUCAAAGUGACAGAAAACAAAUCAGAGUUAGCGUGAGCAAGUUAUAUCGCUAUAUUGUAUAAGCUUUAAAACAGCUAAUAUAGACAGAUGCAGUCAAUAGAGGGCGUUUACUCAAAAUAUAUCUAUUUAUGUUAAUGUGCACGCUUUGGGAAUUUUCUACUGCUCACCUUUCAUGUGAUUUGUAAGAUAUUAAAGUAUAUUCAUUUAUGUGACGAUCUAAAUAUUACGGUAGUAGAAAAUGUCGACAUAGUUAAGCUAGUGUGAAAACCAAAUUUUUAAUUAUUGUUUUUACUUGUAAUAAAUAUUUGUUUUAUAUAAAA